AAUUUCCCUUUCAAGUUUUUCGUCUCUGCUUACAGUUGAUCAUCAAUGGAUUCUCAGCCUGUUGAACCAGUCAGCUACAUCUGCGGAGAUUGUGGACAGGAGAAUACCCUAAAGCCUGGUGAUGUGAUACAGUGCCGUGAAUGUGGUUAUCGUAUUCUUUACAAGAAGAGGACUCGCAGAAUCGUGCAGUAUGAAGCUCGUUGAUUCUUGAAGUCAUUUGGAAAAAAACAGCAAGUACUCUGCUCUUAUGGAAGUAGAUAUUAAAAACGUAAUAGCUACCGUUAAAAAUCAUGCGUUUCAGCGUGGCCAUUGUGUGUUUUUACGUUUCUGCGUGUGACUUCUUCAUGGCAUCAUGUUGUUAGUCUAUAUGGCAACUUCGACUUGAACUCAGUGUGAUUGAAUAUUGUAGAAAUUCCUUACAAACAUAGUCUUGUGGUCUAUUAUCGUGGAAAAUCUGUUUCAAGUU